ACGCGGCUCUAAAAAUCGCACUCACCGUCGGUCCAUGACUGAAGCAACAUCGUUCUAGGUGUGCACAUUUUCAUUAGCUUUAUCGUCCUAAGCACCAACCGCGCCAGUUCUCGCGCCGUCAGGUGUAAGACAUACUUAUAGACCCACAAGUGAAACACGUGUUUUGGAGUUCAUCAACUGUAACCGAUAACCUAGAGAAAGACUUUUCGAGUGAACCUACAGCAACGUGUUUUCAAGAUGACUGCGGAGAAAGCUUCCAAUUCACCAGGAUCGCUCAAACCGGACAGGAAAAUCGUAAAACUCUAUCUGGCAGCCAUUGGGGCAAACAUCAUCUCGCUGUCGCUAGGAACGGCGAUCGGAUGGUUGUCACCCUUUCUGCCGCUGCUCAUCUCUCACGAUUCACCGUUGGAGCACGGCCCGGUAACAGAUAUACAGGCCACCUGGAUUGCGUCACUGCUGUGUAUCGGCGCGUUCUUCGGCACGUUCUUGUUCGGUUGGAGUGCGGAGCGGUUUGGCCGAAAAAUGUCGCUACUAGCGACGGCCCUGCCACUGGUAGGGUUCUGGGCUUGCGUUGCCUUUGGAUCCUCGGUCGAACUAUUGUACACGGCCCGUCUACUAGCUGGUCUCGGGGCUGCCGGUGUGUUUCUGCUAGUGCCAAUGUACAUCACGGAAAUCGCGGAAGACAGGAUUCGUGGAACAUUGGGUUCGUUCUUCAUUCUUUUCCUCAACAUCGGAACGCUGGUAUCGUUUGUGAUGGGCAGCUAUCUCUCGUACCAUCUAACCGCGUACAUACUCUGUACACUACCCAUCGCAUACCUGGCCGUAUUUAUCCAAUUCCCCGAAACUCCGCAGUACCUGAUACGCUGCAAUCGCGUUAGGGAUGCCGAAUGUUCGCUCAAGUAUCUCCGAGGUUAUACUUCAACGCCGGAUCACCUGGAAAUGUUGCGCACUGAAAUGGAUGGUCUGCUGCAGAUGCAGGUAACCGGUGAAAAGAGUGCCGAUGGAACCACGGAACAAGGCGGCAUUUCGCUUUCCGAUUUUGCCUCACCCUCGGCUCGUAAAGCCCUGCUGAUCGGAUUGGUACUGGUAUCGUUGAAUCAGCUGUCCGGAUGCUUUGCGCUCAUUAACUAUACAGCGCAAAUUUUUGCCGAUGCUGGGUCCGAUCUUGAUCCAAACAUGGCUGCCAUUAUAGUGGGAGCAAUCCAAAUUAUCGGUUCGUAUGGAUCCACGAUCGUGGUUGAUCGCUGUCAACGAAAGCAUGUCUACAUCGCUACGAGCUUCCUGGCGGCCAUCGGACUGUUUGCAAUGGGGACGCAUGGUUACUUGAAAAGCCAGCGCAUCGAUGUAAGCGCCAUCAACUGGAUCCCGGUGGCAAGCCUUUCGUUUGUCAUAUUUAUCGCUUCCGUGGGUUUACUACCGCUAACGUUUGUUAUACUUUCGGAGAUUCUUCCCCCCAAGGUGCGCAGCCUAGGUGGUUCGUUAUGUACCGCCUUUUUGUGGACAAUCAGCUUCCUGGUGGUGAAAUACUACCCCGUAAUGGUUGAGCUCGUAGGUUUGCACGGUUGCAUGUGGAUGUUUAGUGCCGUGUGUCUAUCAGCGGGUCUGUUCAACGCUAUCGUCAUUCCCGAGACGCGUGGACGCAGCAUAGAGCAGAUUAUACAUGCAAUGGAAAAUGACAUCAAGAGUUAACUUUCCGGAAUCCUAGAGUCCUCAUCGGUAAGGUACCUUUUUUCCUUUUGUACAGCUAAAUUAUGCAUUUCGUUGUUAGUAUUCGUAGGCUUAAGGACUGUACAUAAUAAUUUCUAGGCGAUACCGCGAAAGUGAGUUAAUAAAGACACUAAAUAACA